UCCCAGUUUACUGUGGCGAUUAAGUUAUUCCUGUUUACAAGGUAUGAUCUGCAAGGAUAAUGUUAAUUUGUGUCUUUCUAAGAACGUGUCUUUUGUUUAUAAUAACUUAUAUUGUUAUGUUGUAUGGACCCAAAGCUAAGCUAUAGUAGCUUGAACAUUGCUAAAUAAGUUGGCGCCUUGGCUAACGUUAACAUACUUUCCACAACACGUUAUGGACGAGGCUGCUUACACGUUUCUCAGCAGAUAACAGUGGAGAGAAUAGCAGGAAGAAGCCUACACGAAAUACACACUAAGGAAGAGGAUGGCCCCUGAGAUCCAGGCAGUGGUACGUGCUACCCAGGCCUGGUUGCAGUCUUCCUGGCACGUCCAGGUGCCAUUUGCCUGGCUGGAAGCCUGUGUGGAGUGGCUGCUGGAAGAGGCAGGGGGAGCAGGUCAUCUGUCACAGCAGCAAAUCAACCAACAGGCGCUGGACCAGUGGCUGUUGACAGACCUGAGGGACCUGGACUUCCCUGUUCUCCCUCAAGGACUCACUCAGGCCCAGAAGACUGAAGUCAACGGCACCUUCUGUGUCCAGGUUGACUCCGUACUGGACAUCAGUCAGCCUGCGUAUGGUCAGCUGCAGGAGUGGAGGGGCACAGACUGUGCCAAUGACGAUGUGUCUGCUGUCACACAGACCACACAGAGGCCCUGGGAAGCCAGACCAACCCGUAUGCUACUAAUGCAGGUGACAGAUGGAGUCCAGUGCCUGGAGGCCAUGGAGUAUCAGUCUAUCCCCGCACUCAGCACAGCUCUCAGGCCUGGUGUGAAGCUGCAGUUGCAAGGGCAGAUGGUUUGCAGACUUGGGGUGCUUCUGUUAGGGCCAACCAAUGUCAAGGUCCUGGGCGGUGAAGUGGAGGACCUGGUUGACAGGAACAACAAGGGCAGGGUGCUGAGUCGGAUGCUGGGACUUCCCGAGGAGCAGCAGCAGCAGCAUCAACAGGGGGGGGAGGAGGCCCCACCAGCACCACAACAAGGUAACCAGGAAGUGGAGGACCUGGAGCUAAAUGACGCGGAGUUGUUGGCCAGUCUGGAGGCCCAGGAGGAGGUGGGAAGGGUUCAGAUUGGGCCUGUUAGAGACAGUGGCUACGGGACACUCAGUGAGCCCUCCACUCAGUCUUCAAGAAGCACCUCUGUCAGGAGCCUUGUCUCGACAGCCUCAUCCAGAAGUGAAGCCUUUUACAGAAGUGGUCUGACCCAGAGCAGCAGAAGUGAUUCAGUCCAAGGUGAUCGCCACGCUACCGAACAAGAGGAUUCUGACCUCUUACCUUCUGACCACUUGACCCAACCAGAGAUCCCAGAUCACAACAUGGCAGACGAAGACUUUCCAGAUGAAGACUUUGACGAUCUUCCCCUGGAUGAGUUGGACAGUGUGAUUUUUCAAGAAAGUACAAAUGUGAUGGAGAGCAGUCACAGAAGCACGCCACAGAACAGGGAAACUGCUCCGAUUGAGCAGCCCACUUUUAAUGGCUCUGGGUCUCGUCUUGGGUCUAGUAAUUCCAGAUACACCACGCAGAAAAGAGACUUUCAAGGCGUUACUAGAGGAGCUACAGGGCAUUUCUUUUCCCCAGCAACUUCAAAGCCAUCGGGUGAAUCAGAAUUUGUUACAAAAGAUGAGAGUGAUUUCAUGGAUGAAGAUAUGGACUGCUUUCCUGAGGUAGAAACUUACAGAGGGCCAAAACAGCCUCCUGUUCCCCAAGGACCUAGUAGACACAGUGAGAGUGCUACCAGCAAAACAGAAAAUUUAGGCUCCAGUUGUAGACUUACCGGCAACUCAUCAAGGAGUGUCACAUCUUGGGAACAAAGUUACACCUCAAGCACUGCAGAAUAUGAUAGACUAUGUGCUAAAACAGGUCCACAGAGUGACAGCUCGGUCCCUGCUCUCACUCUGACCUCUCCACCUUUUACAUAUUUGUGCCUGCUAGAAGAGAUGAUGUCCAAACCGCACCCCCGCACCACAGAGAUCCGUGUCAAAGCUUUCAUUGUGACCCUCUUGGGGAAACUGAGCAGCAGCAACGGCCUUUGGAGCGUCUGCGCUACGAUAUCUGAUGGAACCGGGUACCUGGACGUGGUGCUGUCCGAUGAGGUUUUAAGGGGCCUGCUGGGGUUCUCGGUGGCAGAGAAAGGUGCUCUGAAGCGUGACCCGGCCCAGAGAGGUAAACUGGACGCUGGGAUGAGGAGAUGUCAGGAAGAGCUGGUGGACAUGUGCUGUGUUAUGAUCGUCGUGGUCGAACCGGAGGGCAGGAAAGCUGUGGUGACCAAGGCAGACCCCAUCAAUGAGCAAGUAGUCCAGGAGCUGGAGCAGAGGGUGAGAGACAGGCGCAAAUAAACACAGGGGAGAGGUUGAGGGGAAGUGGGCAAUAAUGAGAAAAUUACAGGCUGCGGAGAAGUAAAUUGCCCUUAGGCAGAGAUGAAACAUUGUAAACAAAACUGAGGCAAAUAUAACAUUGUACAUCAGCAUAUGUAUGCGUAAUGAAACUCAGGUAUUUCUUUGGGAUUGGUGAUCAACCCACCACUCUGCUUCAGAUUUGGAGAGCAGAUUGUGUGAACGCCAAUGUCUGAUGAUCAGAAAGGGGUGUGUUGAAAUGCAUCCCAUCUGCUAUAUAUGAAUGUGACAUUCUGUCAUUUGUCAUUGGAGGAUUUCAUUCAUCCAUUUCUGCCUCACGCCCAAGCAAAGUAAACAGAUUAGAGAAAUGGAAACGGAAAGGAAAAUGUAUCUAUACUGUAUAUUAAUGAUUGGUCAGCAUCCCAAAUUGUAUGUAACAUUUAUAACUAUAAAGACAAGAGUGUAUUGAGAGGACGGAAUGGAGGGGGGCAAUACCACUUCUGAUUGUUGUAAUGAAUUGCCAGCCUUUGCAUUCACUCAAUGCAUCCAUUACUUCUGAAAAAUUAUUAAAUAUCCAAGGGUCGUGUGGAUCUUUAAUAAACUCCCCCAAAUGAGAAUGAGAGGAAAGGAAGAUAAAGGAGAGGCCAUGAGCUUUGAUCAUUUCUGUUCAUUACGGUGCCUCAUCUGUGUUUUUUGUCUUUGAUGAAUACAUUUACCACAUAUUUUAUGUUUUGCCUGUAUUUAUUGUAUAUUGAAAUAGAAUUGUUAUUAACUAAUUAAAAAAAUGUGUGAAGGAAGAGUUCGCUGCUAAUUUUACCUUUCCAUUUCUCCUCAUUAAAUGAGUAUUGUAUUCCACAAGAUUGGAUGAAUAAUCAGACAAACUAGACGGGCGUUUCAUUUAGUUUUUAAUAGCUUUAUUAAAUGCACUGUUGGGAUAUGCACUGUUUGAGAACACAUGCACACAUAAUAAUAUACAUAAUAAUAGUAUUAUCUGGACUUGUAGCUCUGUAGAGGUGUCAGAAAUAUCUCUUUGAGAUGAAACAUCUCAACAAUUUGUGUUACACAAAUGAAUUUGUCUCGUCUGCCAUCAUAAUUAGGUGGCAGUCUCUCAUGCUUCAAUGUCUUCAUUGUAAAAAUGAGCAGAACACAGGCUCCUAAAAGGUAUCACAGAGAAUGUAUGUUAGUACAUAUGUGUGUCUCACGCGGGAGGGCACAUGCAUGUAUGUUACUGUCUUAUGCCAUUGUGUGCUCUUCCAUUCAGGUAGCUUGUCUCGGAUCAUUAGGGGCUAAUCAGGUUGAAGAUCUAAAUCAGGACCCUGCUAUGCAUGUCGAUAGCCUGUUAUGUGCUAAUGAGGCUGGAAGCGAUGGGGGGGGGGGGGGAUACAAGUGGAAUGAAUAUUGGGUGAUAGAGUAAAUGAAACAAGAGGUGAGUGCUGUCUCAGGGGAUAUGGAAGUGAUGCUGCAGGCAAACCUCACUAUAUACAGUACAUAAUGUAUGUAUUUCACUGGUGAUUAGGCUGUGAGGUGGCUGUAGGGUAAGUAGCUGUGUAUGAAAUAGAUAACAAAAUAUAUUUCCUAAGUGUGUGUUUACUUUUAUCGUUUCUAUUUUAUGGUAGGAAAUAGAAGGAAAGGCUGAAGAAAAGUCCACAUAUGAGUAUACUUAUAUUAUAAAGUACGGUUCUGCUCAAAGAGGUGUUAUUUAAGUUUGAUUUAAAUUUCUUCAGCACAAAUUAAUAUCUUAAAUAUCUUAAAAUAAAUAUAAAUUAAAAAAUAAAUAAAACUAGAAAAAAUAAAGAACAUAUGCAACAUUUAAAUGCUGCUUAAAGUACUCUUAACUCUUAGUAGUAAAAUGUUCAAUCCAGGACUUUUACUGUAUAUAUCAAUAUAUCCUUUUUAGUUCCAGUCAGUAAAUUAGGACAGAAGUGGGCAGGGAACAAAUCCUGUAAAGAGGACACAAACCAAACAUUUACAGCAGGAAUUCUUUUCUUAGAGAUCUCAUAUGAAGCUUAUGACCUUCAUCAUUUCCUCUUAAUGUAUUACAUGUACGCUGUGGGUCUGCAGUCCGUUGAAAGGCUAGACUGCACAGUCUUCUGAGGAAAUGACAAUUUUUGAGUAUAAGUUUGUCAUUCAGUGGCACAUGGCAAAUGACAUAUUUCAGAAGCAGUAUGAGAAAGUGCCCUAAUAGCUUUCCAUUUGCAAUAUUUCCUCUAUGUUAGUCUUCCACUUCUGUCUCAGUCCAGAGCGGCAGCAGGAAAAAAAAUACGCUUUUUCAUUCCCCUGUCAGUUUGAAUGUACCUUUCCAAAUUGCAGAUAGCAGGCGAGCGGAGCAGACUGAGACAGGAGGGACAGAGCGCACACAUGGGAGAGAGAGCACUGUGCUAAUUUCUCUAAUGCUCAUACAGCUGCACUGUACCUCUUUGGUCAUUACAAAUAUCAAUGUAAAAAGUAUAUGAGCAGUCCUAAUACCCUUCCUGCUGCAGCAGCUGUAAUUUUCUUUGCCCUAUUACAUUUAGUAAUGAAAAAUCCACUUAGACAGCUCAACUUCUCUUUUAGACCUCCAUCAAAAUGAGCAAAUGGUUUCUCUUCAUGGCAAAAACAUACCUCUUUACGUACGUGUGUGUGUGUGCACGUGCGUGCGUGCAUGUCUGCUGAGGCAUAAGGAUGUGGAUCAUUAAAGGAACAAUAAAUGAUGAUGAACUUGGACUUUGGAAACAAUAAAGUACCUUCCGACUUUGUUUUUGGCUCAUCUGGAUGUAUGGAGGGGAUGAUUUUUGUGAUUUGAAAAAGCAUGAAUAAAGGAUCCAUUUUGUGCUCAUA